AUGAUCAGUAUCCAACAAGUUCAAAGCAAUCAACAGAUAGACAGCAUUCGUAUAAAUGAAACAAACUUAGACGACAAAAGUGAUAAACUUCCACUUGAAGAUAUAUUGGAAAAUAUAAAUAUGACGAGUAAUAAUUCCAAAGAUAGAAGAAGUGGUGUAAUAGGAAAAGUGAGUUCCACCAGUAGCACGAGUACGAUGGGUGGAGCACUGUUUGGUGGUCACAGUAACGGUUCUCUGGGAGGAAUGUCAGGUGAGAGCCACGUUGGUGAAGAUGGAUGGAGUUCGACGGUUGGGAGUGGGAGCAGUCAUCAUGCACAGCAUCUGGUAGUAGGUGGUGGUGGUGGUCAGCAAGAAUUACCCACUGAAUCAUUUACAUUAAAUUCUGGUGGCGGAUCUCAUCAGUCUAGCGCAGCAGGCUUUGGUGGUCGUAAUAAUGGUCGUCUGGGAGGAAUGUCAGGUGAGAGCCACGUUGGUGAAGGUGGAUGGAGUUCGACGGUUGUGACAGGAGGUGGAGCAGGAAGCUCUCAAUCACAUGUGAUGAGUUCCGGUGGGGGAACUAGCGUGAGUGGUAGAGGACAGACACCCGUAUCGACGAUUGAUUUUGGGGGUGGUGGGAGUGGGAGCAGUCAUGUUGUUCGGAAUGUGACAGUUAGUGGUGGUAGUGGUGGUGGACAGCGAGGAUCAUCCACCACAACAGUUACAGUAAAUUUUGGUGGUGGAUCUCAUCAGUCUAGCGCAGCAGGCUUUGGUGGUCGUAAUAAUGGUCGUCUGGGAGGAAUGUCAGGUGAGAGCCACGUUGGUGAAGGUGGAUGGAGUUCGACGGUUGUGACAGGAGGUGGAGCAGGAAGCUCUCAAUCACAUGUGAUGAGUUCCGGUGGGGGAACUAGCGUGAGUGGUAGAGGACAGACACCCGUAUCGACGAUUGAUUUUGGGGGUGGUGGGAGUGGGAGCAGUCAUGUUGUUCGGAAUGUGACAGUUAGUGGUGGUAGUGGUGGUGGACAGCGAGGAUCAUCCACCACAACAGUUACAGUAAAUUUUGGUGGUGGAUCUCAUCAGUCUAGCGCAGCAGGCUUUGGUGGUCGUAAUAAUGGUCGUCUGGGAGGAAUGUCAGGUGAGAGCCACGUUGGUGAAGGUGGAUGGAGUUCGACGGUUGGGAGUGGGAGCAGUCAUCAUGCACAGCAUCUGGUAGUAGGUGGUGGUGGUGGUCAGCAAGAAUUACCCACUGAAUCAUUUACAUUAAAUUCUGGUGGCGGAUCUCAUCAGUCUAGCGCAGCAGGCUUUGGUGGUCGUAAUAAUGGUCGUCUGGGAGGAAUGUCAGGUGAGAGAAUUGUUGAGGAAGGUGGAAUGAGUCCAACGGUUGUGACAGGAGGUGGAACUGGAAGCUCCGGAUCACAUGUGACGGAUUCCGGUAGGGGAACUAGCGUGAAUGGUAGAGAACAGACAGCCGUAUCGACGAUUGAUUUUGGGGGUGGUGGGAGUGGGGGCAGUCAUCAUGCACAGCAUCUGGUAGUAGGUGGUGGUGGUGGACAGCAAGAAUUACCCACUGAAUCAUUUACAUUAAAUUCUGGUGGCGGAUCUCAUCAAUCUAACGUACCGGGCAUUAGUGGUAAUAAUAAUGGUCGUCUGGGAGGAAUGUCAGGUGAGAGAAUUGUUGAGGAAGGUGGAAUGAUUCCAACGGUUGUGACAGGACGCGGAACAGACCGCUCUGACAGAGAAAAUGUAGAUUCCGCCAAUGGCCAAAAUGUCAAUGGUGAAGGAUCAACAAAAACAGAGGUAACAGAUACCAAUGGUGACAUGGAUGGUGACUUUUCUUCCUCUGUUCACAAUUCAUCAAGAAUUAUUGUAACAGAUUCAAAGGCGAAGAAAACAAGUCGACCUUUACAAAAAUAUUGGAAAUAUCACAAAAAGCUUUCAUCAUAUCACUUUAAAAAAUUUAAAAAUCACAAGCGUCCAUAUGGUUCACUGUUUUCACCUGAAGCCUAUUCAAACAAGUACAAAAAGCAGUCAAGAUAUAAAUACGAAUAUAAUAAUGAUCUCGAUGAUACAGACAAACAAGAUGAUGAUUUCACUGAUACUUCAGCGGAUUUUGAUGGUUCAAAAGAUAUUUUCGAAGAGUAA